GGAGCAGGAGGGCCCACCUUUUUAUUUUUGUUUUGUUUUAUUUUUCAUUUUUUUGAAUAUAUACACAAUCACACGGAUAGAUAAGAAGGAGGGUCAACUUUUCAAUAAGAAAAAUAGAGGGACCCCACAAUAAAACUGUGGGGAAUUUAUUAUUUUAUAGAGGAAGGCACAGAGAAAGGGGGGAGAGGAGAAAAAAGACCCUAAAAAAAAACACCCCACAAUAGAGAGCAGCAAUUGCGUUCAAGAAAAGGCUCUCUCAAAAGUUGUUGGACCCUUCACGUUUUUCGCAGAAAGUUCACACAAAAACACAAAACAAAAAACAAAAAAAACCACCUUUGAUCACCACCACGAAAAGCCAUGUUUGAACCUUAGAGCUUUAUCCUCCAAAACACCAUUAAAGCACCUCUAUUAAACGUUCCAUAUUUGGUCGGAGUUGAGGUUUGGUCCCGUCGGCGUCCAUUCUCUACUUUGAUUUUUCUAUUUUAUAAGUUAUUUGAAUGAACCUACUUCAUUAAAUUCUCCUUUGUUUCCUUGAGAAGAUGAAUUUCCUGUUCCAAAUCUAUUGCAUAAUGUCGAAUGUUGAAAGGGUUAUCUCUGUGCAUGUUUAAAUUUUUGCCUUAUGAAUUCAACAUAAUGAUACAAAAGAAUAAAAUGUUAGUUUAUUUCUUAACUGUUAAAUGGGUCCAAAAUUUGAGGUCCUACUCCAUAUUCUAAUUCCGUUCCUUUUAAUAAUGAUAUUUGUAGUUGGCUUUUCCUAUUUUUGCUGUAUAUUUUGUUAUCGUAGUUUCUUUGUUUAAAGAUAAAACGAAUCUGGGAGAUACUUUUGUUAUACAAGACCCAUCCUAAACGAAUCUGUUUUGGUUAUUUUGGGUGUUCAUGUAUUUAGAUGAGUCCAUUUUAUUUAUUAUUAGACUACAUUUAUAUGAACACUCAUUAUUUAAUUCUGUGUUAUUUUGUUUAAAAAUCUCAUUGAAUCAAAUGUAAGAAUUAUGGUUGUUGCGAUAAUGGGCUGCCUAUUUCGGGUUAAAAAAUUAAAAGUUUGUUUUGGGGCAGAGACAAAGUUUAAGUCUCAAAUAAUUAAUUAGUUGUAAUUAAUUAAUUGUAAGGGAGCGAGAUGGAUUGCGAAUUUAUUCAAAAUCCGUUGUCGAAGAGUGAAAAAUGACUAAAAAUGAAUUAAUAAUAACCAAAUAAUAAGUCUCGAAUUUCAGAGACAAAUAAUUGCAUUUAACGCUAGAUGAGCUUUAGGCACAUUUCAAGACAUUUGUUUCGAUUAAGAAUGCGGUUACGCAUCUUAUUUCGAGACGUUCUUUUAAUAACUCAAGGAUGCGGUUACGUACCUUAGUGGAACUCGUUUUAAUAAUUAAUAUCGUUUCGAAUAAGAAUGCAGUUAUGCAUCUUAAUUUGAGAUGCUUAAAAGAUUCGGAAUGCGGUUACGCAUCCGAGUUAAAACCAAUAAAAAUGUUCAACAAUAAAAGUACGAGCAAAUCAAGGCUCAGAUACAUAAUAUAUUCAAAGAUUAAUUUAAGCUAAGUAUAAGUCGAUAAAGCGACCGUGCUAGAACCACGGGACUCGAGGAAUGCCUAACACCUUCUCCCCGGUCAACAGAAUUCCUUACCCGGCCUUCUGUUUUCGCGGACCAUAAUAAAAGAGUCAUUUCCUUUUGAUUAGGGAUUCAUUAGGUGACUUGGAACACCAAAACUCAAUUCCAAGUGGCGAAUCUGAGUAAAUAAAUAAUCCCUUUUCAAAACCGUCACUUCAAAUGGAAAAACCCUUUAAUAAUAAAAACUUGCGCAUUUAUAGCGCGGGGGCUGCAAAAAAGGGGGGUGACAGCUCUGGCGACUCUGCUCGGGAACUACCAGAUUUCGAGCUUUGUGAUAUUGCCUUAUACUUGGCUUUUAUUAUCAUUAUUUGGGUUUAUUGUGUGCUUUGUUGAGCCUAAUGUGCUAACUGCCGCUCAUUUACCGCUUUGAUAUUGUUGAACUGUAUUACAAACUGUUUUCUCUCGCGCACCCCUCUGAGUCUCUGAAACACUUCACACACAGUCACAGGAAUGCAGUUAUGCAUCCUAACUUUCUGUCAAGAUAAAGCCGGAGCGUCUUGGCGCCCGGUGAAGGAUUUUAGUCACACAUGUUAGGCGGGACAGGAUAAGCAAUGAAGUCGGAAUAGCACUGCUACCGACAGUAUUGCCCCUCCCCGGCUCGAGUUGUCCACUCGGGUUAGCCAGUCUAGACACCGUUUUUCAUUAGGUUUUAAACCUAGCAGAACUGAAACGCAGACAUGAUUAUCCCUAGUAGGAUCCGCUUAUAUGCAUCACUUGCAUUUGACUUAGUGGGACUCGGCACAGGGGUCGGGUCCGUCUAGGACAGGUAUCCCUUUUUCUGACCGACCUGUGCAUCUCAUGUGCUAUUUGCAAUAUUAUUUUUAAGGCUUGCUUGAUUGAUGAUCGGCUUUAGGCUAACUAGUGAAAUAAAAGAGAGAGGAGCAUUCAUCUGACUUUUUACGCACCCAUUUUCCUUAAACCUCUAAUUUGUCUCGCUCUUGCUAAAAAUAAGAAAAGAAGAGUUCAAUUCGAGACGAGUUUAUUAAUUAAUUUUUUUUUUUUUAAAACAACUUAGCAGUCCAAUCUGGACGAACUACGCACACCUGAUUCCCGUCCCUCGGGGCGACGAUACGUAGGCAGCCCAUAUCGGGUUCGGUGAUCCUUAUUCAAAAAAUUAAAAAAAAAGUGUUUUUAUUUUUUAUUAGAAAAUCCAAAAAACAAAGGAGAUAAUUUUAUAUAUAAAAAAAAGAUAAUAAUAAUAAAAGGGGGGAGAUUCCUUUUAAUGCCCUAUCCAAAAGGAAAAGGAAAACGCAAAAAGAUUUUACUUCGAGUAGUAUUUUUAGCGGGGUUUCUUUGGAGGAAAUUUUACAAUCAAAAUCCAAAAAGAUUUUGUUUUCAAGUUUUUGUAGUUUUUUUUCUCUUCCUAAAUUUCAAAAAAAAAAAAAACAAGAGAAGAGAAAAUUCGAAAUAAUUUUAUUGAUUACUUUAUACCGAAAUUUCCCGAACUACGCAAAGAUCUGAUUCAUGUCCCAACGUAGGCAACCCAAGUUGGGUUCGAUCGAAUUAUUUUCAAAAAUCAAAAUGAGUAGUGAAAGAGCGGAGAAAAAAGGAAAAAGAGUGGAAAGAAAAAGAGAGAUAAUCGUAAAAAAGAAAAGAAAGGAAAGAGAGCGAGUGAAUCGAGAGGCGUGGAAAUGAAAAAUGAAAAAGAGAGGAUGGCCAAAUCGAGCGGGAACUGGGAUGAUGCAAAAAUGACAUUAUUACCCUUAGAGUCAUUCUAGAACUGAUAAUUGUGAAUAUGCGCAUUGCAAGCAAUUCCCUAACCCAUAUUUUUUUUAUGAUGUUCGAUUUUAGAAAGUGGUUGGUUUGUGGUACACUGGCAACACACAUCCACUUCAUUAGAUCAAAAGGAAGUGUGCCAAUGUCGAGCGAAAAUGAACUCCCAAUAGUCAAUACUGAGGAAAGACAAGGACAUGGUCAACAUGAAUCAACCGUUGUUGAGGAAAAUAGGUUGUUGAGGCAACGUAUGGUGGGGAUGUUACAAGAAUGGUCGAAUGGUAGGCAACCGCCCCAGGCAAUCCCUAGUUUUUCUGACAUCACGCCUAUUGAACAUGCAAAUACUCAGGCCUCACUCUCCAUGUCAGAAGAUCGUGUGUACCUUUCUGGGUUUGCUCAUGGUCUGGGUGACUAUACCAAUUUGCCUAACAUUACUGAAACCUCCACAAGUCGUUUUCCAAGGGUGCAAAUCAGGACUGAUAUUCAGGGUAUCGCAACAGCGCCGCCCGUUUAUACGUUCUCGCAGCCUAAUCCUAUGGUUGUGACAACUACUGUGCCAGUCGACAUGAUUCCCCAACCCACUAUGGUGCAAAGACAAAAUCAUGGGUCACAAUUUGUUACCCGUCAAGAUCAGUACUACCCUUCGGAUUUCACAUUCAUGGGCCCAGAUCCUCAUCACUCUAUUUCACAGUUUAAUUCUCUUAUUGACAUUGAGAGACCGGCGAAAAAUGCUGAACAUGAGGACAUGGCUGGAAAAUUGAAAAGCCUGGAACAAGCUAUGAAGAACUUACAAGGAUUGGGAGGUUAUAAAAGUGUCUCGUUUAGAGAUUUGUGCAUGUUUCCCGAUGUUCAUCUACCCCUCGGAUUCAAGGUCCCAAAGUUUGACAAAUACGAUGGACAAGGUGAUCCCAUGGCCCACUUGAAGAGGUAUUGUAAUCAAUUGAGAGGAGCUGGGGGUAAGCAAGAGUUGCUUAUGGUCUACUUCGGUGAGAGUUUGACGGGUUUAGCCUCAGAAUGGUUCAUUGAUCAAGACUUCACUAAGUGGCGUAUUUGGGACGACAUGGCUCAAGAUUUUGUGCAGCAAUUCCAAUACAAUAUAGACUUAGUUCUUGACAAGAAGUCUCUGAUCAAUUUGAAGAAGAAAACUACAGAAAAUUUCAGGGAAUUUGCCAUCAGGUGGCGGGAGCAGGCUGCAAGGGUGAGACCACCGCUAAAAGAAAGCGAGGUUGUGGAGACUUUUAUCCAAACACAAGAUGAAGAAUAUUAUCAGCACAUGCUCCCUGCCUUAGGAAAAUCAUUUGUUGAAGCCAUCAAAAUGGGGGAGAUGAUAGAAGAUGGGAUUAGAACAGGACGUAUUGUGAGUUUUUCUACCUUUAAAUCCACCACACAUGCAAGUGAAAGUCAGUCAAAAAAUCUUGGGAUAGAGAGGGAUGGAAAUUCUGAUGUUGCAAUGAUUAGAUCUGGACAAGGUCAAGCUCCGAGGGGCCGCCAUCGUCAAUAUACUCAGCAUCAACGUCGAUCACCAAAUUACACACAAUGGCGAGCAGCAACACCACAAAACCCUCAUCCGUCUCCACAAAAUUUUCAAGCAUCAUAUAAUCCCCAUUCGAGGCAGGAGUACGGCAAGAGACAAAGGCCAAGGGAUAAUUUCACACCCAUUGGAGAAUCUUAUACGAGCUUGUUCCAGAAAUUGAGACAUUUGGGCCUGAUCACUCCUCUACUCGGGUAUACUCCUGACCCGCAUUCAAAAAGUUUUGAUCCCACCGUACGAUGUGCUUAUCAUUCUGAUAUUCAGGGACACAGUACUGAAGACUGUCGCACUUUAAAAAGAGAAAUAGAAAGAAUGAUUCAAGAAAAACUGAUUGUGCUACAGGACAGCGACACUCCAAGCGUCGCAGAGAAUUCUUUAAUGGCAUGGGAUGAUGCACGCUUCGUAGCAAUGAGCGCGUUGGCCAAAGGGACCCAGAACCUAUUUGUUGAGGAUAAUGUAUUUGACAUUGGUGAAGGUUCUAGUAGUGCUGAUAUGCAACUUAGUGGCUAAGGUGUCAAGCUCAACAAUUGGGGAAGUCACUCCGUUUUCCACUUGGAAGGAGUAUUGGUAGUUUGUUUUGACGCUCUUUCUGUUAUUCGGAUUAUUCAGGGUUGUAAUCUGGAUUUUUACCUUGCUUGUUUUGAUGUUCGAACCCUUCUAUCCUUUUUGUCUAAUGAAAAAAAAAAGAGUUUUUGUUUUUUUUUAAUUUUUAAUUCAUUUUGUUUCGUUUUCUUUUGUACAGUUUGUUUAGGCUGGUUCUAGUAACAUGACAUGCAUGCGGAUUUUUUUGGUCAAAUCUUAAAACCUGAUAUAGCCAGGGGACAAAUGCACCAAAACUCGAAAAUUGUGAAAAAGAACAUUUGAGGAAACAAGCAGAGACAAGUAUGAAGGAAAAGUGAGAGACAAUAUCCAACAAUGCAUUUGUUGUGAAGAGAUACCAUGUGAUUUUCAUUUCUCAUUCUCAAAUCGCAUGUUUUGUACUUGACAUUUUUAAAGAUUGGUAUGACGAAGGCAUUUCAUUCUGCUAUCUAAAUAUUGUGUCACCAUUUGCUACCCCUGUUGAACCUUAGUUUUAUUUUCUUUUAUACCCCUCUUUCGGAAUCAAAAUAGAAUAAGAAAAGAAAAACAAAAGGACAACGAAAAGAAAAGGAAGAAGGAAACAAAAUCACACAAAAAAAAAAAAAAAAAAAACACAAGAAAUGAGCUGUCGGAACUACGUCUGACCUGAUUCUUGUCUCGACAGGAUACGUAGGCAAUCCUAUUUUGGGGUUCGGUCCAACCCAAAUAAGAUUCUAAAUUUUCCGUUUCAAAGAAACUGGGACAGAAGUUAUUUUUCCUUUUGAGUCGAUUCUAAAAGUUGUAAGUCUCACCCCCUAUUAUUUUUGUGUUGUCUUCGAGCCUCCACGCCAUCAUUUCUUUUCAACCCUAUCCAAAGCCACGUUACAACCAAAGAAAAGGCCUUCAAAUCAAUCAUUGUUAAUGUUCAAGGUUGAGCACGCUAUGAGUACAAAAUAUUUGCUAACGUGCAUCACUUGUCUGCGUAAGCAUAAGGGAAGUGGAAGAAGAGAAUGAAAAUGAGAGAGUCUACUGGUGAAAGCCUUCACAAGCACCAUAAGGCAAUGAAGAUCUGAGAGAAAUGAAAAUGAGAGUCUCUCACUGGUAAAAACCUUCACAGGCACCAUAAGUCGACGGUGAGUUGAGAGAAUGAAAAUGAGAGAGUCUUACCGGUGAAAACCUUCACAGGCACCAUAAGGCAAUGAAGAUUUGAGAGAAAUGAAAAUGAGAGUCUCUCACUGGUGAAAACCUUCACAGGCACCAUAAGUCGACGGUGAGUUGAGAGAAUGAAAAUGAGAGAGUCUUACCGGUGAAAACCUUCACAGGCACCAUAAGGCGACGGUGAGUUGAGGGAAUGAAAAUGAGAGAGACUUAUUGGUGAAAACCCUCAUGGGCACCGUAAGGCGAUGGUAAGAUGAGAGACAAAUAAAAGAGAGAGGUUUAGUGAUGAAAACUCUUCGAAGCGCCACUAGCCGAAUGAGAGUCUUGAGCCUGUUGAAUAGGUUGAGAUAUGAAGCCUUGAUUUCAAAACAAGUUAUGAGAGCACAAUAGGAGUUAAAGAAUAGAUUGGUUGAACAGAUUAGGCCGCUCAAUCCAAAAUGCAUGUCAUGACCAUUGGAGCCAGCGACCACAUUCAGAUAAGUGUCUUCUUUCCUUUUCUCCUAAUAAGGGACAUUUCCACUUCUACAUUUUUUUACUUCUUUUGUUUUGUUUCGUUGAGUCGUCCAUGUAGAACGGGUAGAGAAAGGAUUUCAAAACUUGCUACCAGCUUUUCCAAUUGCGAAGCAAAACAUCUGGCUAACACAUGAAGGUAGCAUGAUUCAAAGUGGGUAGAGUACCCAAUGAGUUAUCAUUCAUUGAUAGAUUAUGGAUUCAUGAAAAUAUAUGGGAUCAGUAGAGUUUGAAUUAAUAGGCACCAUGAAACAGAGGUAUUGGUAUUGGUUUUGAUUUAAAGUCACUGAAAGUCACUCCGAUAGCCAGAAUUUGGGUCAGUGGUCCAACGAGCCGACAGCGAGCACAGACUAUUUGAAAUCACAGGUAAGUAGAACAAGUGCAUGAGCAAACACCUUCAGAACCAAGGCCACAAACCAACCACCACAUCUUAAAACUCACAAUUUUUCUUUGUUUAAAACAGGAAUGGAUAUUAUCCUCAAAUCAAAGGGUCAAAGCUUCAAAAGGUACAAUGUCUUAUUUUUGUCGAUGCAAAAGGCAAUGUCACAACAUAUGUUUGCAAGCAACAAAAAUUGAUCGACUUUUCAAUUAUGAAUACUGUCACCCCUAGGAGAUGCACUUCCUAGUUCGGGUUGUAGGAGACGCACUUUCUAACCCAAAGCUCUACUCCUAGGAAACGCACUUCCUAGUCGAGUCUUUCUGUUUAACCCCUAAGAGACACAUUUCUUAGUCAGGGUCUUUCAGGUUUUUCUUUUAGGAGACGCAUUUCCUAAUAUGAACCUUUACUCCUAGGAGACGCACUUCCUAGUCGAGUCUUUCAGUUUAACCCCUAAGAGACGCACUUCUUAGUCCGGGUCUUCCUGGUUUUUGACGUUUAGGAGACGCACUUCCUAACCCAAAGCUCUACUCCUAGGAAACGCACUUCCUAGUCGAGUCUUUCUGUUUAACCCCUAAGAGACACACUUCUUAGUCAGGGUCUUUCAGGUUUUGCUUUUAGGAGACGCAUUUCCUAUUAUGAACCUUUACUCCUAGGAGACGCACUUCCUAGUCGAGUCUUUCAGUUUAACCCCUAAGAGACGCACUUCUUAGUCCGGGUCUUCCUGGUUUUUGACGUUUAGGAGACGCACUUCCUAAUGCAAACCUUUACUCCUAGGAGACACACUUCCUAGUCGAGUCUUUCAGUUUAACCCCUAAGAGACGCACUUCUUAGUCUGGGUCUUCCUGGUUUUUGCGUUUAGGAGACGCACUUCCUAAUGCAAACCUUUACUCCUAGGAGACGCACUUCCUAGUCGAGUCUUUCUGUCUAACCCCUAAGAGACACACUUCUUAGUCUGGGUCUUCCUGGUUUUUGACUUUAGAAGACGCACUUCCUAAUGCAAACUUCUACUCCUAGGAGAUGCACUUCCUAGUCGAGUCUUUCAGUUUAAUCCCUAAGAGAUGCACUUCUUAGUCAGGGUAUUUUUGUUUUUACAUUUAGGAGACACACUUCCUAAUUUGAUUCAUUACUCUAGGAGACACACUUCUUAGUUUGAAUUUUUAGAGUCACCCCUGGGAAACACACUUCCUAGUUAGUACAUUUAAUUUUACUUUCACAAUUGAAUUAUUUUACAAUUUUGCUAACACUCACCAAAAAUUUUCCUGGUGCAAACUGGGACAGAAUUUUUUUGUUUGUGUUAUUUGUUUUGAUAAUUUACAGGACCCACCUGAAGAACGGGAAGCAAGUCAGGACCCGCCUGAAGAAUGGGAGCAAAUCAAGACCCUCCUGGAAAAUGGGAUUUAGUUUAUCAGGUUUCUCCUGGAUAAUGGGAUUUAGUCAUCAGGACCCUCCUGGAAAAUGGGAUUUAGUUAUCAGAACCCUUCUGAAAAAUGAGAUUUAGUUAUCAGGACCCUCCUGGAAAAUGGAUCUAGUUUAUCAGGACCCUCAUGGAGAAUGGGAUCUAGUUUAUCAGGACCAUCCUGAAAAAUGUGAUCUAGUUAUCAGGACCCUCCUGGAAAAUGGGAUUUAGUUUAUCAGGACCCUCCUGGAUAAUGGGAUUUAGUUAUCAGGACCCUACUGGAUAGUGGAAUUUAGUUUAAUCAGGAGAGGUACUUCCUAAUUGGACCGUUUGAUUUUACUCUCAUAAUUGAAUUAUUUUAUAGUUUAUUAUUUUGAUAACACUAACAAAAAUUUCCUGGUGGAAACUGGGACAAAAAUUUUUUGUUCGUGUUCGUUGUUUUUGGUAAUUUGCAGGACCCACCUGAAGAAUGGGAGAAAGUUGCAGGAUCUGCCUAGACAUCAGGAACCCGCUUGAAAAAUAGGGUGUACUUUCAGUUGGUUUCAAGUUCAGUCAGAAGUAACAGAAGCCCUGCCUGGAGAAUAGGGAUGACUUUAAAUUUUAAGUUCAGAAACAAGCAUGAAGAUCCAAGUCAAGAUUCAAGAGAAGCUGCAUAGAGAGAGUCUUGUACUUAUAUUUUCUUUUUAGCUUUUAUUUUUUUCAUUUUUGAUGUAAUAACAGGAGCCGCGGACCGGAACCUCGACAGGACCUCAAUCGACUCCCCCAACUAAGUAUGUUUCAUCACCCAUCUUACCUCUUGAACUACACGAGACCUGAUUCCCUUAUAACCCGGGAUAUGUAGGAUGCCCAAGACCAGGGCUCGACCACAUUUUGUUCCAUUCCUUUCUCUUCCCUCAAAUAAAGGUCGGGUCCAAAUUGGUCUCGUUGUCUACGUCUUUUUCUGAGAACGCAUCGCGUCCCCAACCAAAGAGGGACAGGCUGUAGACACGUAAUUUUGACCCACCCCAUGGUUUCACCUUAUAGUUUCAAAUAUUUCUUUUAAUUUUAAUUCUUGACGUGUCAACUUUAUUCUAUUUUUAUUUAGUAGGCUUAUUUGCGAAAAUCAAAAAGAACAAAAAUAUUUA